AUGGUACAUAAUAUCAAACAAUUCAAUCUUAACAACGAGUAUAAGGCCGCUGAUGCUGAUAUUCAGGCUGUAUUAACGAUCGCAGGAUCAGAUUGCUCUGGGGGUGCUGGAAUCGAAGCUGAUUUAAAGUCUUUUAGUGCCCACGAUGUGUAUGGCUUGACUUGUAUUACAGCAUUGACUGCUCAAAACACCCAAGGGGUCUAUGCAAUACAAAAGACUCCCCAAGAGUUUGUUCAUAAAAUCUUGAAAGCCAACUUUGAGGAUUUUGUAAAGGGUUAUGAUAAUCCUCCGUUGAAAGUAGUGAAGACAGGUCUAUUAACAUUAGAUGCUAUUAAAGCAUUAAAGGAUUACUUGCCACUCCUCGAAAACAACCUGAUUAAGCUAGUUGUAGAUCCAGUAAUGAUAUCUACUUCAGGAUCGCAGUUAUUCGAUGAGGGUGGAAUGAAGUUAUGCAUCAAUGAAAUAAUUGGAAGCAGCUACUUAGUCACACCUAACUUUGAAGAAGCGAAAGCUCUAUGGCGUCUCACAAACAAGGAGGAUGCAGCUGAACCAAAGAUAAGAUCAUUGGAUAGCUAUUGCGAGUUUGUUGUUUCUUUGCAAAGAAGAAUGGGUUGUAAAAACAUAUUAGUUAAAGGUGGUCAUAUACCAUGGCAUAGAAAAAGAGGCAGUCCAGUCGAUGACAUUGGUUCUGUAGAUCAGAGAGACAUUCUGAUAAUAGAUAUUUUGUACCAGUCUGAAUGUGAGAAGGUGUCUGUUUUCGAGUCACAGUACCUCCCCUCUAAAGAUAAUCAUGGCUCGGGCUGCACGCUAGCGUCAUCAAUUGCCGCUAACUUAGCAAAUGGGAAGGAAUUGAAAGAUUCAAUUUUGAUCUCUAUCAACUUCAUUCAUGAAGCUAUGCAGCCUUUUACGAGGAAAUUAGGGCAUGGAAACGGUCCUUUAAACCAUUUGGUAAAAGUUGAGACUAGAAUCAGUAGAGUCCUUGAUUCCAACUUGACAAACAAAGGUCCAUUGAUUCGAAAAGACAAUGAUUCCUUUUUGGAAUUCUUCAAGUCUAAUCCUAAAAUAAAGGACAACUGGAAGAGAUACACGUCACAUCGCUUUGUAGAGUUGCUCGCCAAGAAUAUGUUACCUUUUGAAAGCUUCAUGUAUUUCUUAAAGCAGGAUUAUUAUUAUUUGGUGAAUUACAUUCAAUGUGUUGGGCUCGCAUCAUCAGUGGCACCUUCUAACCAUAACGUUUAUUUAGAUGCAAACAUAUGCGGUUCUGUGGCCAAGGAACUUGAGAGACAUAAAGCAAAGUUGUACAAGGAAUACCGUAUUGAUUAUGACAAGGACGCUAAAUUCGACAUACAUUUGACUCCCGGUCAAGCAUGUUUAAAUUAUUGUAACUUUUUGCUCGAUAUAGCAAGGAAAGAAGACUAUUUAGGAAUAAAAGUAGCAUUAGCUCCCUGCUUGCAUGGUUACUUCGAGGCCGGCCAGUUUGGCCUCUGUAUUAGAAGUAAGUUAAAAGAGGAUGAUAUGGGCGUUUUGCACUCUAAAGAAGAGUCGGAUAUAUACACUUCAUGGCUUGAUGACUAUGGUUCGGAUUGGUACAGAGAGUCAUAUGACAGCGGUAAACAAGCUUUACAAGAACUUCUCGAAUCAAUUCCGAUGAAUCAAGAGAGAAUAGAGGAGCUUGUUGACAUUUUCAAUAAAGUAACAACUCUUGAAAUCGCAUUUUGGGAUGAAGCUUUGAGCAUUAAAAAACCUGAAUAG